AUGGUUGGUACCCCAAAGAGUAUGGGCUGUGGAACAUGCCGCAAGCGCAAGGUUAAAUGCGGAAAAGAAUGGCCAGCGUGUCGAAACUGUAUCUCCGCCGGGUGGGAAUGUGAUGGAUAUGUCAAGAGGUGGAAGUUUGUUGAAGAAGAAUCGCGUUUGGCUGCGCAAUAUGGGGGGAAGAAAAGGUAUCUCUUGGAAGGGGCUACUUGGGAUGCGAUCCCUAGGAUCAAGCUAAGCAAGCCGGAUUCGGCCUACAAUGCUGAAGUAAACGAGGAGUAUGUGGUAGGAGAUCAGUCCUUCCAAGUCUCGAUAUCCCGUCUGCCAGCUUCACAGGCAGAGAAACAGUGUAAUAUUCUACUACACAUCCUUACGGAUCCAAAUGGUCGACAAGCGUUUCCCCUUCGAUCGCAUGGCGAGUUUUAUCAGUUCAUCCCAAACCGGCUGGGAAGAAACACUGCUCUUGACGACGCCGUCUCCUGUCUAUGUGCAAUCUAUGAAGACACGCGCCGGCAAUUGUUAGCGAGUUCACCUGGCACGAUCAAGCUCUACAGUAGAAGUCUGAACUCACUGCGGCAAUGCGUGCAAGUGGCAGCGACACGCUUGGAACCUGAAACGAUCGCUUCUUCACUAAUGCUCCAGCUCUGUGAGCUCAUGAUCAGCUCGGAUAACGGACGAUGGAACAACUUGUCAAGCGGCUCAAAACUCUUGAUCCAGGAACUCGGCCCUGAAAGCUUCGAUCGGCCUUUUGAACGAGCUAUGUUGGAGUCGCAGCGAGCAUUUUUCCUCGUCCAGGACAUGAGCCGCCGUCAGAAAUGUUUCCUAUCCAAGCCACAGUGGCGAGAAUUGCCCAAGCAACCUGGUAAAGGCCGUCUGGAUCAUAAGUCAGCAAGUCUUCGGUGGAGAUCUGAGCUUUGCGAUCAGGUACUUGAUGUACCGGAGCUUUUGUGCGAGUGCGCAAGCCUUGUCAGUAUCCGACAAGCAGAUAGUAUACAUAGUUUUGGAGACCAACCUAAGUAUCAAUAUCUCUUCGACCGGCUAGUCGAGGCUUACAAUUCAUUAGAGCAGUGGUAUAAAAAAGACCUCGCUCCGGCUCUUCCAUUGGCCGAUUCAGAAGGCUAUAGAGAGUAUCCGGAUGUCCUUUCAGCUAUUGUCGACUGCGUCUCGACAUCCAUUCUCGUUCAACUACAGAGGUUUGGCUUUGAGCUUUUCUCGUUGUUCGACAUCACAGCACCAGCAAGUGGGCUUCCAUUUUCUAAUGAAGUUUUUAUUGAGAGGCAUACAACUUCACUCAAGGCAUACGAAUUCGUUAAAAGGUUCCCAGUGGCUGCAAAGCCACUUAAAUUUGGACUAGAACAAAUUUUGUCACCCGGAUAA